UUUCUUCGCCUGGCCACCCGCCUCGGAACCGCAAGCCUCCCCUCCCUCUCCAUCCUCGCUAAUAACGGACUCGAUUCACGCGGAUUUCCGCCCGCCAAAGUCACACUUGUCUCAGUCACACCAGAUCUCGCCAAACGUUGGCUCGUUAGUAUCGACCCCGGCAUUGCAGCAACUGCGGGGAAAGCCCGCGCUACAGACGCAGCCGUUGAUUCUGACUCCUUAUGAGACGCGCAAAUCUGAGCCGUCGGAUGAUUCGUCAAAUGUGGUGGCUAGCAGCGGCAUAUCUGACAACGCAACUGCUGGUGCUCUGGAUGCUGACGUGGCAGUAAAGCUGCACAGUGCUGCGGCAGGUUAUGACACAGCAUCUACUGAUGAUGACGUGUUACCAUCAAUCGCAUGGGUUCCCCGCACUCCAGAUCUUCCGCUCUGCUGGACGUCCACGUCAGCAGAGCCAACAUCCUCGUUACAAGCAGCACCAGAACCCGCUAUAACGCAAGGCGGACUGUCUGUAUACGGCAGCGGUUGUUCCACCUGCACUGCAGGGCAGACCUGCACGUUCUUCAUCAGCGUCCAACCGCCAGGCGCCAUGUGGACACUCCCUCCCGUUGCUGACGCGACCAGCAAUGAUAGCAGCAGCAGCAGCAGCAGCAGCAGCAGCAGCAGCAGCAGCAGCAGCAGCACCACCACCACCACCACCACCACCACCGCCACCGCCACAGCAUCACCAUUCAGCUAUCCCUCGAACGGAUCCAUGCUAAGCGAUUCUCAACCAUCUGCUCCACCCGCUGCUGCCAACUCGUCCGUGCUGAGUUGGUGGAAGCGAGAGCUCGCUCUCUCCCUCACCGGCCCCUCGCUGCUCCACGUCAACCCUGUCUGUGCCGACCCUCCCGCCUGCUCCCGAUUCGUCGUUGCUUACCGAGCCUGGGAUGCCGGGACGUACCGGGCUUCUCUCCAUGCAGGAUGCUCCAACCUCCUCACUACACCCUCAUCUUCCUCUUCUUCCUCCUCCUCCUCCUCCCCUUCUUAUGCCGACGUCACUCAUGACGUGGCAGCAUGGACCAUCACAAUCCUCCCAUCGCCGCACACACUCCCACCCAGCACACCACCCACCUCUCUAAAUGAAGCAGCAGCCACCAGCCGGCCAUCUCUUAACGAAGCAACCACUAGCGAGGAUUUUACGCGCCGGCUGCUGCUCCUGGCGACGGCAGGGCAGUCGAGCGUGGGAGGCGAGGCUGCCAGCGCAGAGGAGCGAUUCGAAAACUCCACAAUCGCUUCCCACACCCCUCGAUACGACUCUGGCAAUCUUAAGUCAACUCAAACAGCAGCGAACGAAGAGGAGAGAGAGGGAAACUCCUCAGUGGCGUUUCAAACGCUGCAAGCAGAAUCGGCUUCUCCUGGGCUGCCACGUGUCCUAGAGGAGAUCACAGGAGAAUCCAUGAUCAGAGAAGAGGGUGAGGAAGACGACGAGGCGCAGCUGAAUCGUAGAGACGGUGAAAAGGAAGGAGAUGGGAAGAAGGGGAGCAGUAGUCCCUGCAGCGGGUCAGUUGUGGGGAGAUGGCUUGAAAUCAAUCCCGAAAACGAUGCUGACAGUGCUAACGCCAUCGCCAGUGCCAGUACCAGUGGCAGCCGCAGUAGUAGGGGCAGCAAGAGAAAAGACACAUGGAAGUGGGUACCCUUCUCCUGUGCCCCUCCAGAGACCCCGGUGAGUGAAUGGAUCUCCUCACUCACCAGCCGAGGCAUCCGAGAGAUCUCGAUCGCGGGAGACUCGCACCACCGCAUGCUUGCCGCCCACCUCUUCUACAUGCUGUCGGGAGAGGCCGACCUAAGGAACCGGAAGGGGCGGCACGAUUUGGCGUUUGUGGCGCAGAACGGGAGGAACGAGACGCUGCGGAUUAACUUCUACUGGGUGGACGGGAUCUACCGCAACGACGAGUUCGGCUGCACGCACAGAGGGGCCUUUUCGCAGCACUACGACUCCUUCCCCAACAUCUCCCUCUCCAGUGACGUCAUCAUCAUCAACAGUGGCUAUUGGGCCGGCAAGCGUUGUCUGCAUCCGCUCUCUGCCCUCCGCACCCACCUCCCUGAAUACCUCGCCUGGGCCCAAUCCCAAGCCGUUGCCGCUGCUGCAGCCCCUGCUGCUGCUUCUUAUGCUGCCCAAGCCUCCUCCGCUGCCGACGCUGCUGCUGCUGCUGCAUCCGCCACCAACCUUGUUGAUUCCUCUCCUGCUGGUUCAGACCCAAGGGGUUCUGGCUUUGCCAGUCAAUCGGCAGCAGCAGCAGCAGCAGCAGCCUCCCUGACAACAGGUGCAUUCCCAUCCCCUCUCUCUCCAGCACCAAGCGGGGCCAGCCUUAGGGGGAAUUCAGCAGCUGCUCUCAGCAGGCAGUCUGGGGCAACAGGUGGUGCUGAAAGGGCAGAACGCCUGUUACGCGUUAACCUCACAAGCUCCACCACCACCACCGUCGCCGCCACAAGGGGAGCAGUCACAAGGGCAGAAGUCACAAGCACGAGUCGCCGGGUUCGGCUGAUCGUGCGUGCGGCACCGCCAGUGCCCAACGGGGGAGAGGGGACGUUGGGGAAGCUGUUGUCAGGUCUUUGA